GCAUUGCAUUUGCAUGUUGCUCAAGAAACAAGUGUAUAAAUGAGAAUACAUGGAGAAAAGAGAAAACCAAAAACAUUAUAAAACAUGAGAAAUAACGAAUGCAAAUCAUAUGUAAAUAUAUCAACUAGCGUGAAGCCUGUCCAAAGACAAGUUCUGAUUUUUUCACAGCAUUUUAUUUGAUUUACUAAAAUCUACAUAGUAAUGUAGAUGAGCCAUUUUUGGGCAUAUGCAAAUAAAUGGACUGUAAAAUUCCAUGCUCUAAUCAAUCACUUGUAGUGAAGAAAUGCAUUUGAUGUAAUGAAAUAACGAACAAUGAAAGAUGAAUACGGAGAAAAAUUUAUUCUUCGCUAAUCAUAAUGCAUUUUUUACAAAAAUAUACAUUCGUUGGCAUUCCUAUUUAUAUUUUACAUAUAACGGUUAGUUUGAGUUAUAUUUUAAUAGGCUUACGAAAUUGAAUGUAUGUACCAUAAAACUCUUGACCAGAGUUUGUAUUGGUUUUAUUUUCUUUCACCUCUUCGUGUUCAAAAUGUUCGAACCACUCACACAAUCAUUCAUUGAGGACAAAUAAAAGUAUGCACGAAACGUCCACCUCUCUUUACUACCGUGUUCACUCCAAAAACUUAUCAAACAUUCGUCCAGCACAAAAAUACAUGAUUAUUGAUUAUAUAUUCUGAUGAAUCGAUACCAAUACAUUCUCAAUUUUGUAUAACGUCUUAUGCCAUUUACACCAGUUGCAAAGGUUUCCUGUUAUUCACACGAGUACAAAUGACGAGCUGAUUUAUACUAGUUUUUGAAAUUACGAAUAAAAAACUGCACUAUAUACAAUACUUGUUUGACAGCAUUGAUAAUUCAAUUUAUUUAUAAGCUGCAUAACAUAUGAAGCUGACAUGAAUAAAAUUCAGCCAUUGUCAUUUCCCAACGGUUCAGAACCGACGCCCCUUGGCUUGGAGAGUUUGGUGUCCCUUGAUACCAUUUUUGUGAAACAAAAAAUAGAGCUUCUUGAAGGUAAAAUUAAGCAUUGUAAAUUGCAGUUUGUGUUUUUAACGUUACGAUUUCGAUAUUUCACUUCAGCGAUUGUUGGGUGUGAAACAAGAAAUCGCUACGUGAUCAUGAAUGACCAGGGUGAAGAGCUUUUCAAGGCGGAGGAAGAGUCCGAUUGUUGUACGAGGCAAUGCUGCGGCCCCCUCCGACCUUUCGAGCUCACAAUUAGAGAUGCAAAUGACCAGGACGUCAUCACCUUUUCUCGACCACUUGCUUGUGGGUUGUGUUGUUUUCCUUGCUGUCUUCAGUCGAUUGCUGUAUACGCACCACUUGGACAACUCGCUGGUACCGUGGAACAAGAGUGGACGUGGUGGACACCAAAAUUUACCGUGAAAAAUUGGGAUGGCGUUGAUAUUUUCAAAAUAGUUGGACCAUGUUGCACGCUUGCUUGCUUUUCUGAUGUGGAAUUUCAGAUCUUUUCCAGCAAGAUGGAAAACGACGAGACUAUCUCUACAGAUGAGAUUGGCAGAAUUUCAAAAAAAUGGGGAGGGCUCGCGAGGGAAAUGUUAACGGAUGCGGACAAUUUUGGCAUUUCCUUUCCAGUUGAUUUGGACGUCAGGCUGAAAGCAGUGUUGCUCGGAGCAUUAUUUUUAAUUGAUUUCAUGUACUUUGAACACAACCAAUAAGGCGUUGAAGUUCUAGCCGUAUGUAACUACAUAUGUAUAAUGCCUGGGAUGUUCAUUGAAGUUCGAUUUUACUAUUCCCCUAUGUAAAAAUGGCAAUAAAUAUGCAUAGUAACAAUUUAUUGCAUCUUUUAAUUAUAGAAAACAGCAUUAGUAGCAGUUUAUUUUCAUGUAUUUGUUGAAUGUAUGUAUUUAUAUCGAAGUGGUCUGUCAUAUUUUAAGUGGCCUGGAGAUUAUUAAUUAUUGAUUUUUAUCUACCUUGUCUGUGAACAGCUCCUCAUUUAGUACGUGUGUGCAUUCAGUAUACAUCAAAGUCAGAUCGACCACUGAGAAUUUGUCACUGGUCUGACGGACAAUCAUCAUCAUCUUAAGACGAUGAAUAUGAUUCAUUAAUAUGAGUCAGCUUUCCCACGACUGUCGCAUUUGUGCAUAUUGCGAAAAAUAUCUGCCAUACACGUUCUACAUCUUUAAGACAAAAUUUCCUUGAACGCUUCAAGAAAUAUAAAUUAAGCAUAUACAUAUGUAUACAUAUGUAGAUGUACCAUUAUAUGUCAGUAUGUCAGGCCUUUAAAUUUCAAUGCCAUAUUCUACUCUAUAUGCAAAAAACAAUGUGUAUUUAAUCUACCAUGUAUAAAUUUAACCCAUUUGCAAAUAAAUUAGUUUCAGGCUGUUAUCCCAAC